AUGGAUUCGGAUUCAGAGUCGAAGCUCUUGUCACUCAUUUCUCAACUCAUACAUGUCUACAACAACAUUGACGAUAUGGAUUGGGAUUGGGACUCGAAGGUCGAAUCACUCAUUAUUCAAAUAAUCUCUUUCAUCAGCUCUAUGGAUUUGGAUUCGCAGCUGAAGCCAGAAUCAAAGCUCAUGUCACUCACUACUCAAGUAAUCUCUGUCUUGACCUCUAUGGAUUUGGAUUCCCAGCCAAAGCCGCUGUCUGAGCUCAUCUCGCUAAUUUCUCAAAAUAUCUCUAUAAACUUGGAGUCAGAGCCGAAGUCGGAUUGGGACUUCAUGGCACUCCUUGAAGAAACAAUGAUGCUCACGCCACGGCCAAAGCUCUCAUCACUCAUCCUUCAAAUAUUGUCCCUCGUUAUCUCUAUGGAUUCAAAGUGGAAGAAUCUUAUUUCAUUGUCCCCUCAAGUACAAGUAAGAUUGGAAGGAGGAAGCUUUCAUGUUCUUGAUGAAGUCGUGUUCAGGAGCAAUAACAUAUGGGAGUGUCUCCCUAAAUAUUGGGAAGAAUUUAGGUCAAAAGAAAAAAUCACUACCCACUUUUUCUGCAAAGGUUGCAAGGGUGAAGACCAUCAAGAAUAUGAAAAGGCUCCACUCGAGAUCAAACACCCUCUUCAUCCAAAACAUUCUCUUCAGCUUGUGAAGUCGGAAUGGUGUGGAACCAAGAAAUGUUAUUGUUGUGAUGAAUUUCUCACAAAGAUAUUUUACUAUUGCUCGGCGUGUGAUUAUGCUAUGAAUAUAACUUGUGUGGAGAAACCACUAGUUUUAUCUAUAGACCAUCAGAAGUGGCAUGAGCAUGAUCUUGCUCUUUUCCCAAGAAAGGCGUCCUUAACAUGCGACCUAUGUGCCUUGGCCGAUUCAAGCUGUCCUUUCUAUAUAUGUCCCCCUUGUGACUUUGUGGCCCAUCAGAGCUGUCUCAGCUUACCACGAGUCAUAAGGAUAUCUCGCCAUCACCAUCGUAUCUCUUUUACCUCUUCUUUUGACCAAGAAGAUCGGUCUUGUGGUGUUUGUCGCAAAGAGAUCAACAAUGAGUAUGGGAGUUAUUAUUGCACUGAAAAAGGUUGUUCGUAUGCGGCUCAUUCAAGAUGUGCCACACAAAGCAAUGUGUGGGAUGGUAAAGAUCUCGAGAAUGUGCCAGAAGAAGUUGAAGAAGAACUUGAGCCGUUUGUGAGGAUAAGCAGUGGAAUCAUACAACAUUUCAGCCAUCAACAUCAUCAUAUGAGACUUGAUGAGGACACAAACAGAGAGUACGACGACGAAAAACAGUGUCAAGCAUGCAUCACGCCAAUCUAUUUCGGUAACUUCUACUCAUGUAUGCAAUGUGAUUUCAUUCUCCACGAAGACUGUGCAAACCUUUCUCGCAAGAUACAUCACCCGAUACAUCCACAUCUGGUCACUCUAGUGGGAGGAUAUGAGGGUGUUAUGGAAUAUCUUGUAGAUAGAUGUUCAGCUUGUUCCUCGUGGUGUAAAACUGGUUUCUAUUAUGAGUGCGGUACAAAAGAAUGUGAUUUUCUGCUACAUGUGCAGUGCGCCACAACUUCUGAGCCAUUAGUCCAUGGAAGUCAUAUCCAUCCUUUAUUCCUAACAUCCAAACCAGAAGAGCAAAGACCAUGUUCUGUUUGCGAAGACUCAACUUGGUGA